AUGCUUCUACUUCCGUUUUUUUGUAUUUACAAUACCUUAAGGUCCUGCAAAUGCGACAUCUUUCUGUUCCUCCUUACCACUCGAGUUGGAGGUCUUGGUAUCAAUUUGACCUCUGCAAAUCGUGUAAUAAUAUUUGACCCAGAUUGGAAUCCUACCACAGACCUCCAGGCGCGAGAACGUGCCUGGCGUAUCGGUCAGAAUCGAGACGUCGCCAUUUUCCGCCUCUUAACAACUGGCACCAUUGAAGAGAAGAUCUAUCACAGACAGAUAUUCAAGCAAUUUCUUACCCAUCGAAUCCUGAAGAACCCACGACAACAAAGAUUUUUCAAGACAAAUGAUCUCACUGAGCUUUUUCAACUCAACGAACCUUCCGGAGAAGAUAAAAAGCACUCAGAAACUGCUGAUUUCCUUAAAGCUUCUAACGCAGAGUGCUCGAUU